AUGUCAAUAGACAUGACAAUAGAAAACUGUUUUGUACCGACCUCUGAGAUCAUUGCUGUAGAAGAAACCGAACCUAACAAGAAACAGCGUAAUGUUGGCAAAUGGCAAAAAAUGGCAAAGCCACAUGCUUUCACAGUGUACUAUGUGAAGAAAGCCCGAAAUCACCGCUGGCGGUGCAGUGAUGUAACGUUUUGGUGUGUUGAUGAGCACUUGUGUAAUCAGUGGGUACAGGCGCUGAAAGAAUUACUUGAAAUGCAGAAGUCUAGACCAAAGCAGUUGCUUGUGUAUAUUAAUCCAUAUGGAGGAAAACGACAAGGGAAGAGGAUUUAUGAACAGAAAGUUGCUCCACUCUUCAGUCUGGCUUCUAUCGCCACUGAUGUUGUUAUAACUGAACAUGCUAACCAUGCUAAGGACAACUUAUAUGAAGUUAAUAUUAAUAAAUAUGAUGGUGUUGUUUGUGUUGGUGGGGACGGCAUGUUCAGUGAAGUGAUGCAUGGUCUCAUUGGAAGAAUGCAGAAGGACUCUGGCAUAGACCAAAAUAAUCCCAAAGCACCAUUAGUCCAGUGCAAUAUAAGGAUUGGCAUAAUUCCUGCUGGAUCAACAGAUUGCAUAUGCUAUUCAACUGUUGGCAUUUCUGAUCCAGUAACAUCAGCUCUUCAUAUUAUUGUAGGUGACUGUCAGCCUUUGGAUGUCUCUUCUAUACAUCAUAACAACACGUUUUUGAAGUACUCUGUAUCAUUGCUGGGUUAUGGUUUUUAUGGAGAUAUAUUAAAAGAUAGUGAAAAGAAGCGGUGGAUGGGUCCGAUGAGAUACGACUACUCAGGCUUCAAGACUUUUCUUUCUCAUCAUUACUAUGAAGGAACAGUUUCUUUUCAACCAGCAAAACACACACUGGGAUCUCCACGAGAUAAAGAUAGCUGCAGAACAGGAUGUUACAUUUGCAAGGAAAGUGAGCAACAGCUGGCAGAACAGCACAAGGAAUGUGGAUUAAAACGUAAAGAAGAUGAAGAAGAAUGGAAGGUUAUUAAAGGGAAAUUUUUAGCCAUCAAUGCAGUAAAUAUGAGCUGUGCCUGUCCACGAAGUCCAAAAGGUCUUUCACCAGCAGCCCAUUUGGCAGAUGGUUCAGCUGACCUCAUUCUAGUUCGUAAAUGCUCCAGAUUUGAUUUUCUACGGUAUCUUGUCAGACAUACAAACCAAGAGGAUCAGUUUGACUUCUCAUUUGUAGAUGUUUAUCGGGUGAAGAGUUUUCAGUUUACAUCGAAGCUUUCAGAAGACAACGAAAGCAGUGUCACGGACAUAGGAAAGAAACGUUUUGGCCAGUUCUGCAGAGAUCAUCCAGCCUGUUGCUGUAAUAUUGCUAAUAGCACCUGGAAUUGCGAUGGAGAAACUCUGGACAGUUCCGCAAUUGAAGUGAGGGUUCACUGCCAGUUAAUGAAACUGUUUGCAAGGGGAAUCGAGGAAAACUGUAAAGAUGAAGCUGCCUACAACCAGAGUGGUGUUGAACAAUUACUAUAGACAUUGUUCCUCCAAUGAGGAGAAGAAAAAAUAAAAGCUCAAGGAAAUUGAGUAAAUAUGCAUUUUAGUCAAAUUGACAAGUAUUUUAAAAUUUUAGAUUUUUUUUUUGAUGGCUUCAGUAUAAUUUUAGACAUCUUAUUGCAUUGUGUCAUUUUUUUUAAAACAUUGUAGUCAUUGAAGUAUAUCUUGGAGCAAUGUAAUCUAAGUUAUGUUAGAAAAGAGACAAUUGGCAUAUAUAUAUGUAUUCACGAUGACUGAUAAAUUCUCUGUGCUUUUCUAGAGAGCUAAUUUAGCAGUUGUGUUGCAAUAAUAUUAAAAUGUUAUAAAACCUUGGACUUUCCAUUGUCAUCAAACCAAGAUAUCAAGACAAGAAGGGUCUGAGAAGACGUUUUCUGCUGGGAGUGUUAUGUAGUUGCAUGUGGCUUAAAUGCUGGACAAUAGUGUUGUCAUUCUCAUCUUUUUUUUUUUAGUAAAAUCUUUCAUUUUGUAAUUCUGACUAUACCUUGCAACUUAUCAAUGCAAUUCAAACACACAUUCCUGGCUUUAAGUAAUAACAAUAAGAGUUUAGAAAUACUUGGAAAAAUAAAAGCACAUCUGUAUACAGAUCAUACUUUAUCCUAUAUAUUCUAUUUAUAAAGGCUUCCUUGCAUGAUGCUUUUUGGGAUUAUAAAGGGGUUUAUGACUGUUUGGAAGAUACCAGAUACCACACACAGCAACUGAAAUGUCUUGCAAGCAACUCGCAGGGAUACUUAUAAUACCAGGAAGGCACAGACAAAGGAAAAUACAAAUAUCUCUGAAACACCAGCAAGUUUUAAAUCUUUUAAAAUAUCUAAAAGUAACAUAUGAAAAGCUUCCCUCUUCAGUACACAAUUCUGUGGAGAUUCUGCUACAUAUGUGAAAAUGUCUUCUCAAAAUAAGAUGUUGGAAUGUUAAGUUUAAAAAUAUGACUUGAUGAUUACAUUUUUUUAAAUAACAUCUGUUUAAAUAUGAAACAAAAUAAUUUGUUUUGUGAAAGCAAGGGAAGAAACUGGCAUCUGAUAAAUCACGAAUUCACUGUGCUGAUUUGUUUUUAUAGCAAAAAGCCAUUAGACUAUCGUGUAUAGCUAUGGAGUGGUUAUUUAAGUUGUGUAUGGAUUUGUGUAUUGUGACACAUGUGUGUUCUGUGUGUAGCCUUGGGGCUAAAUUUUGCUUUUCUCGUACAUAUUUAUUCCUGUUUGAAGAUCAGAAGUUAGCCCCU